AUGGCCUUCGUGCACGCGCAUUCGGGUGAGUGUAUGAAGUCGCAACUGGAAUUAUUUUCUCUACCACCAACGCAGACGUCUAUUGAGGCUGGUCAAUGGGUACACUACAAGCCCGUAUCAUCUCUAACCGAUGAUUCCCCGAUUGAAUUUGUUGUACCUGGAAACGGCGAUGAGUACAUCGACUUGGCACACACUAUGCUUAGCGUACGAGUGAAGUUACAGCUAUCGGCUCCGGUCACCCCAGCAGGCGAAGGCAACGCACCCACUCCGCACGCCACUCCGGUAAAUAAUCUGCUCCACUCAAUGUUCAAUCAAGUCGAUAUAUUCUUCAAUCAAAAACUAGUCUCCCCAGCCAACAACUCUUAUGCCUAUCGAGCGUACAUAGAGACCCUACUGAAUUACGCACCUCACGCCAAGAAAUCUCAUCUUUCAUCGGCAUUAUGGUACGACAGCGAGGAAGGAGUAUCAGAUGUAUACGACGCCGACGCUGCCGGUGCGGAUCGCGGAUUCAUCGAACGCAAACGGAUCACGAGCAAUGCCCGUACCGUUGAUCUCAUUGGUCAUCUACACUGCGACGUAUUCAAUCAAGACAAAGUUUUACUCAACGGUGUGGAACUGCGUCUUCGCCUCGUCAGAUAG